AUGAAAACAAAAUCCAGUGCAUUUGAGCAGUGUGAACGUGAUGGAGGACGGAUCACAGAGGGUCUUGAGGGUUAUGCAAGACCAGGCGAGGAGCGGCGCGGUGCGGCGGACGUACUGACGUCAGAGCCGGCGGCCACGCUGACGUCAUCACGCGCGCUCUCGGCCUCGCCGGAGCGUCUGUGGCGCCGGCGCCUCCUCGCUAGGCGUGGUACGUGGAGCUGUUUGGUGACGCUGUCGCGUCGGGCAGUGGCUCCCGAGACUCACGCUCCCUGUCAGCGGCUGCCAACAGCAGGCCUGGCCGCUCCUGCGCGGGGAGAGCAUCUUCUCAGGGCCAUGUCCAGGCCGAGCAGCGUCUCCCCGCGGCCGCCGGCUCCGGGCGGGGGUGGCGGCGCGGGUGGCGGCGGCAGUGGCGGGGCGGGCGGUGGAGGAGGGGUUGGCCCCGCUCAGUGUGGUCCUGGGGGCGGCGGCAGGGCCAAAGGGCUCAAGGACAUUCGUAUUGACGAGGAGGUGAAGAUCGCUGUCAAUAUCGCUCUGGAGCGCUUCCGAUACGGCGACCAGAGAGAAAUGGAAUUUCCUUCUUCUUUGACCAGUACUGAAAGAGCUUUUAUUCAUCGAUUGAGUCAGUCUCUUGGUUUGGUCUCUAAAAGUAAAGGAAAGGGAGCAAAUAGAUACCUAACUGUGAAGAAGAAAGAUGGAUCAGAAACAGCUCAUGCAAUGAUGACCUGUAAUUUGACUCAUAACACAAAACAUGCUGUUAGGAGCCUUAUUCAGAGAUUUCCUGUCACCAAUAAAGAGCGUACUGAACUUCUGCCUAAAACAGAAAGAGGAAAUGUGUUUGCAGUUGAAGCUGAAAACCGAGAAAUGAGCAAGACAAGUGGGCGACUCAACAAUGGCAUCCCUCAAGUCCCAGUGAAAAGAGGAGAGUCUGAAUUUGACUCCUUCAGGCAGUCCUUGCCAGUGUUUGAGAAACAAGAAGAAAUUGUUAAAAUAAUUAAGGAAAAUAAAGUAGUUUUGAUUGUAGGAGAAACUGGGUCUGGAAAGACCACACAGAUUCCUCAGUUCCUUUUAGAUGAUUGCUUUAAAAAUGGUAUCCCCUGUCGUAUAUUUUGUACUCAACCAAGACGACUAGCAGCUAUUGCUGUGGCUGAACGAGUUGCUGCAGAGAGAAGGGAAAGGAUUGGUCAAACAAUUGGUUAUCAGAUCCGAUUGGAAAGCAGGGUUUCUCCAAAGACACUUCUGACAUUUUGCACUAAUGGGGUGCUACUUCGAACGUUGAUGGCAGGUGAUAGUACAUUGUCAACAGUGACACAUGUUAUUGUGGAUGAAGUGCAUGAAAGGGAUCGAUUUAGUGAUUUUUUACUUACAAAGUUAAGAGAUUUGUUGCAAAAGCACCCGACUUUGAAACUUAUUCUUUCUAGUGCUGCCUUGGAUGUAAAUCUCUUCAUAAGAUACUUUGGAAGCUGUCCAGUGAUACAUAUACAGGGAAGACCAUUUGAAGUAAAAGAAAUGUUUCUGGAAGAUAUUUUAAGAACUACUGGAUAUACAAACAAAGAAAUGUUAAAGUACAAAAAAGAAAAACAACGAGAAGAGAAACAACAAACCACACUUUACAGAGUGGUACUCAGCUCAGGAGAAUACUUUCAAGCCUGAAUCUCAGAGGCAGAGAACUGUUCCAAAUGUGACUGAAGAGUAUGAUGUUUUGGAUGAUGGUGGUGAUGCUGUCUUCAGUCAGUUGACAGAAAAAGAUGUGAAUUGUCUUGAACCAUGGUUAAUAAAGGAAAUGGAUGCUUGUCUUUCCGACAUAUGGCUACACAAAGAUGUGGAUGCUUUUGCUCAAGUCUUCCACCUUAUUUUAACUGAGAAUGUUAGUGGUAAGUAAUUUUUAUUACUCUUGCUGUUUUUUAUGGUAGGAGUACAGUUUAGCUUAAAAGUCUAUACUACAGGUUUUUUUUGUACAAAUAAUUUGUUAUUUUGGAGUACUUACUUUAUUUCAAAUUUGUUAACCUAGUGUCUCCAGAAUAGUUUCAUGAGGUCUGUACACACAUGACUG